UUCUGUGCGCCGCUGCCAGACAUGAGCAAGCGGAAGGCUCCCCAGGAGGGUCCCAACGAGGGCAUCACCGAUUUCCUCACGGAGCUGGCCAAUUACGAGCGCAACGUGAACCGAGCCGUUCACAAGUACAACGCCUACAGGAAAGCAGCCUCGGUGAUUUCCCGGUAUCCCAGCAAGAUCCAGAGCGGGGCCGAAGCCAAGAAGCUGGAUGGAGUAGGAGCUAAAAUAGCUGAGAAGAUAGAUGAGUUCUUGUCCACUGGGAAGCUGCGCAAGCUGGAAAAGAUCCGACAGGAUGACACCAGUGCAUCUAUCAACCUCCUGACGCGGGUCACUGGCAUUGGUCCUGCUGCUGCUAGGAAGUUUGUUGAGGAAGGAAUUAAGACUUUAGAAGAUCUCAGAAAAAUUGAGCACAAGCUGACACAUCACCAGCAGAUUGGGCUGAAAUAUUUUGAAGAUUUUGAGAAAAGAAUCCCAAGGGAAGAAAUGCUGCAAAUGCAGGAGAUUGUGCUGGAAGAGGUAAAGAAGCUGGACCCCAACUAUAUUGCUACAGUCUGUGGCAGUUUUAGACGAGGUGCAGAGUCAAGUGGUGAUAUGGAUGUUCUCCUAACCCAUCCCAGUUUCACAUCUGAAUCAUCCAAACAGCCAAAGCUUCUGCGUCAAGUUGUGGAACAGCUGGAAAAAGUCCACUUUGUCACAGAUGUGCUGUCUAAAGGUGACACUAAGUUCAUGGGUGUCUGUCAGCUGCCCACUAAAGAAGAUGGAACAGCCUUUCCACACAGGAGGAUUGACAUCAGGCUUAUCCCCAAGGAUCAGUACUACUGUGGGGUGCUGUAUUUCACAGGAAGUGACAUCUUCAACAAGAACAUGAGGGCUCAUGCCCUGGAAAUGGGCUUCACCAUCAAUGAGUACUCCAUCCGUGCCCUGGGGGUCACCGGAGUUGCUGGGGAGCCCCUGCCAGUGGAAUGUGAGAAAGACAUCUUUGACUACAUCCAGUGGCAAUACCGAGAGCCGAAGGACCGCAGCGAAUGACUCCUUGCCUGGGAACCUCAGGAGAUGUUUCUGUGGUUCCUUGUGAACAGGCAAAGUACACUGAGAUGCUGUUCACAAAUGGUACAUUGCUGGUGUGUAAAGGAAGUCCAUGGCACGAGCACAGAAUGUGUCCUGAAGGUUUAAUACUGUGAGACCUCACUUUGAUCUCUCCCUCCUUCCGUCCCUCCCUCUUGCACCUCCUCACCUUCAAAGCUGUCAAAACCACAACAAACCCUUCUGGUGCUUAACUGAGUUGACUGCAACCCUAGAACACCCUGUGGGGAAGGUGCUGCGGCAGUCAGACCCCUUGGAGAAUGCCUACUGCCUUUUGCUUUGGGAUUUAGAAGGUAAGUGCUGGGUUUCUGUUUAAGGCCUGAGAAGCAGAGGGUUCUGAUGCAAAGGCAAAAUCUUUCCUCCCCCUCAGUGCCAGCAGCUGAAGAUGGUGUCUGGUAGCCCAGCUGCUGCUGCUGCUUCUCUGGAGUUGCUGCCAAGUCUUACAAACCAACCUGGGUGCUGUAUUUAUUGAACAAGUUGUAGAAGUGUAAAUGUUUCCCUCAGUAAUCA